UUGUCAAGAAGUUGGCUUGCUUAGCAGGCUAGCAUUAGCUUUUUGAAUUGGUUAGACUGGGAAGCGUCAUCGCAACCUCCAGGAAAACCGACCAUUUAAAAUAUAUAGGACGCAUAAUUAUGUAUUUGCCAAGAAUAUACAACUGACAGAUGUAUUAUACAAUGUAAUAUGCAGAGCACAGUAGUUUUACUCAGCGUACAUUUGCUCAUUUUCUGACAAUACGUCAGGAUUUACAAGUCUCAAUGGGGAAGUUAGGAGAGCAGAAUAUACAUUAACGUUAGCCUUCUGUCAAGAGAGACAGAGGUUUGUGAAUUUGAUGAUUAUUGAAAAGACUAACUGAAUACGCAUACUGACAGAUAACGUAGGUGUUACCAGUUAUUUGUAUCAGAGGUAACGUUAGCCUGAUUCAUGUGGGACAGUGUUAGGCUGCUUAGCUAGCUUAACACCACAGAGGUCUUUAAAUGGCCGGGGAGUUAAGUUGACUCGACAUUUGCGUUAAUACAGAAGCCAUUCGAACAAAAGUGUUUCACUCCAUGGGCAUUUGUUGUUUUUGCUUAACGCUGUUACAGCAGCUAUGAGACAGUGGUUCCUCUCUGUUAUUUUUACCCUCAGUGUUCCAUUUGUCAUGUCUUUUUCAGGAGUUAAGGGGAAAAAAAGAAUUUGUGAUUGGCACCACAUUUAUUCAAUGAUGAUGUGGAAAUGGGCGUGAUUAUAGGAGAACAGCCAAUGGCCACAGAGUAGGUGUUUACUUUGAGAAUUAGAUGGUGGUAUUUUCUGCUUAUGAUGUCGGGCUCUAGCUGGUGGCAUAGACACGAAGAAAGAAAGGUGUAGCAAAGGGGGAAUUUGGGACAAAUCUUGAGGAGCAUGGCUCAAGAGACGAACCAGACCCAAGGGCCUAUGCUCUGUGCCAAUGGAUGUGGAUUUUAUGGGAACCCGCGGACAAGUGGCAUGUGCUCGGUGUGUUACAAAGACUUCUUACAGAGACAGAACAACAGUGGCCGAGCCAGUCCAGCAGUGGUGUCCUCGGUCAGUAGUUUAGGAGAAUCUCUUCCCACGCAGUGUUCCGACAGCGCCACUGUUGACGUGUCAUCAGCAUUAAUCCAGGCAGCCUUGCCACUGGACACAAACAGCAUUGUAGCCAGCCAGACCCUGCUAUCGCAAGCGCCUGCUACACGGUGUGAAGACGAGGACUCAGCUGGGGCCAAAGUAGACCUGAAAACAGAAGAAUCACAAACCUCAGGUUCUGAAAAGAGCGGCCAGACGUCUAUAGAUGACCAGGACAAAUGUGACGACAAAAGCAAACCCAAGAAGAACCGCUGCUUCACCUGCCGGAAGAAAGUUGGACUCACAGGCUUCGGCUGCAGAUGUGGCAAUGUGUUUUGCGGCAUCCACCGAUACUCAGACAUUCACAACUGCACCUUUGACUACAAAGCCGACGCUGCUGAGAAAAUUAGGAAAGAAAAUCCCGUCAUCGUUGGAGAGAAGAUCCAGAAGAUCUGAAGAGCCAUCUCAUCAUGGGUGCCAGGGAAUGUGUGUGACACGGAUCAGCGACACUCUGUUUUUGUUUUUUUCACCCCCCCACCCCCACCCCUUUCCCCCCCCUCAAUUUGAAGUUGCUCACAACCUGAGCCAUCAACUCCCCCUUAAAUCAUGCAUGCUACCUGGAAACACUUCUUUGAAAUUGAUUUUUUCUUUUUUUUAAUGUUUCUUUUUUCUCUUUUUUGCAGUUACUCAAAUUUAUUUCCCUAGUAAUGUUGUGGAUUGUGUGAGCAAAUCUUAAAUAGACUUUUACAAGGAAAUUGUUCAAUUUUAUUAUAUUUUCAGUUGAGUUACAAAUAGGGCUCUACAUUUACAGACUUACUAGAGGGGCUGUGCUCUUCUGGUAUGUCCUUUUCUCUCUGUGUUGCAUGUCAACCCAUUCAUUUCCCCCAUCCUUUCCAUCCUGUACUGUAUGCUCUUCCAGUAAAUGAAUGUAUGCUGAGAAUUAUUGCUAUUUCAUUAUGGACGGCAUAGAGAAAACGGCUCGUUUCCUCCCACUCUCUCUUAUUAAUAUUUGUUUGUCACUUAGGAGUGUAUGAUCAUCAGUGUAAAUGUGUGUGUGAAUGUUGUUUUGGGUGAAUAGCCUGUAUGCACCUCAGCGUUGGUUCUGAGUGUUUAUAAGAAUAAUAUAGUUCAUUUAUGAGAAGGCACAGGAUGAUCUGAGGUUUAUGUGCUGUAUUUAUGUUUGUUUAUUCACUGUCUUUGCUUUGAUCUGAAUCAAAUUAAAAAACAAAUUUUACACAUAAAA